AAAGAAUUCAGAUGGCUUUACAGAUGAAGACUCCCUUUAACAAACUUACCCUUUUUCGAGACACUUCAACUGCAUGUAGACUAUCGUCUAUCAUUAUUUUGUUUGGUUGGAUCUUUUGGUAGCUUUUAGAUGGACGAAUCUGCAGAAUACACCAUAUCAUGGUUGAGUUUUUGCAUGGGACUUAAUGUUUCAUUCUUACUCUAUUAGCAUUCGGUUGGUUCUACCGUUACGAAGGAAAGUUGCCUACACUCAAAAAGGUACACUGUGUGUGCAAGCAUGUUGUGCUGGUUUGGUGUGCUAGAACUAUGGAAUAUGUUGUUCAUCUUGGAUAUAUGGCCGAAGUUAUGGUUUGCAUGGAAGUUGGAUUGACCUUGGUGCAAAGUCCACCAGGUGUUCUCAAAUCACUUUGGAUAUUUAGAAAGGAAAAGAGACCAAAAAGAAGAAGAAGAUAUCCAAGACUGACACUCUCCCAGCUGAGAAAAAGAACAAGAAAGAGAUGGAGUUUGAGCUGAAACUUGCAAAGGAGAAGGAAGAGAUACUUGAGCGAGAGAAGCAGAUGAAAAUCAGCAGACUUCUGCAAGAGGUGUCAGAAACUGAGAGGGAAGAUCUGGAAGAGUCGGAGAAGGUGCAGCAUUGGGUGGAGAGGCUCUGUCAAACCAGAUUAGAGCAAAUCUCCUCAGUUGAAAAUGAUUCUUGAGGUAAAAUAUAUCCAGUUCCAGUCCUGAUGUGUGCUGGUCUUCUUGUCCAUAGUUUGUAAAUUCAGAGUUCUAAGCAGUUAAAAUGUACCUUCAGAUGUCUCCAACCCAUUCCCCUGCAACAACUGGUCCCACCAAUCGGAGGUUCCCUGGAGGCUUGACCUUGGCCACUACAGACCUUGAUGACAUCAACUUAGAUGAUGUGGAUCAGAGUCUAAGGCAACCUUUGAAAAGACUCGCCCCAACCCCACAUACAUCCAACCAAGCUCCCCCUCCCUUACCACUCCCUCCACCCUCACCCCGUCUUUACCACACAUCCAACCAUCGCCCUCCAUCUCCAAGAACACAGCUCCCAAUGCAACCCAGUCCUAGACCAGCCCUUCAACGCCCACCUUCUCCACCAGCCACAAGGUUACCCCUUUCCUCAAUAGGUCGUAGCCGACAACCUACUGCCAACCCGCUAUUCUCCUCCAGGGGUCUGUCCUCAUCUCAGCCACCUCCCCCACCACCACCUCCUCCCCCUCCACCACCACCACCUCCUCCUCCACCUCCUCCACCCCUGCACAUGGAGGACAGGUACCAUGUAGGGUUGUCCAACUAUCCCCGCUCCUCAAGCUUAUCCGAACAGGGAAGCAGGUUUGGGGACAAUGGUUACAGACAGAGAGGGGGCUUCCACUCCACCAUUCCCAGUGAUCUCUCACGCCCACCCAGCCCGAAGGCUGACCACAACCUGACGGUUAGCAUAGUUAAUGCAUUUGGCAGUGUGAGAAUUUAUUAUGUAUGUUGUACAGGUGUGGGAAUCUUUAGGCACAUCACAUUUCCAUCCAAUUUGAUUCCAAAAUUGAUUCCAUGUCACACGAAUAUUGUUGUCUUCACUGAAGUGAACACUGCAAUCUACCUGUUGUACAUACAUGCGUGUAUGCCUUGAGUGUGGUGUUUUGCAGAUGAGGUUAACCAUUAUUAGUUUCUUAUUAUAUUUAUUUGUCAGGAAACAGAUAAUCAUUUUGGGGGAAAACCAUGCUGUCAUUCGGUUUGAAGAUCUUGAAGUGGUAGUGAUUCCUAUCACUGUUAGACUGUUGAAUUCUUUAUCCUUGUGGCACAGGUGAUGAGAAACACAUCUCAUGCUAGCAGGAUAUCCACCUCUAAUAAUCCACUGGUGAGUCCAGAGUUUGUAAAUGGUACAUGCUGCUCUUGGUCUUCUGCUUCAUUUUUAGCACAAAUCAGACUUGCCAGGCUUGUGUAACAUAUCAUGUAAUAUCAGCUUAAUGCAAACCAGCAUCACUGAAGAGAAAAAAUAUCUUCCAACAGCUCUCCAUGCCUAUGUUAGGAGAUUACUCUGGCACAACCUACAGGAAGUGGAUUUCUAAUUGAAUAUAUUUGGCACCUAUCUUAUACGCUCUCAAAAAAUAGGGUACUUUCACUGGGGCGGUACCAUUUCAUAAGGUACAAAUAUGUGCACUUCAGGCACUAAUAUGUUCCUUUUUACCUGUCUUCUGAGAUAUGGGGGGGGGGGGGUGUUUAAAACCGUAAAUCUUUGAACUGUUUUAUAGAUAUGUUUUAUAGAUACCUCCUCUAUCCAUAGGAUUUACUUGGGAAGUAAUGAAAUUUAAAAAGCCAUUUUACAGAACAGUCAUCAUUACUAGAAAAAUAAUGACUGACACUUUGCGUGAAAAUCAUCUUUUGAUUUUCACGCAAAAUGUCAGUCAUUAUCUUCAUUAUCUUAUCCCCCCAUAUCUCAGAGCAUAUAAGAUAUGUGCCAUGAUAUGAAAGCUGCAAUUCAGUAUUUGUGCUAAAUGAAAGGUUCCUAAAGUCUUGUGCUGUGUGGUUUAGAUUGCGUAACUCUUGAAGGUAGAUGCCCUGACCUUAAGUUUGUGUCACUUACUGCUAACCUCUACAUAGCAAAUUGCUCCCAGUCCUCCAAACCAGCGGAGACAGAUCAACCCUGUCAUGUCCAAACCCGUCAUGCUACCAAGUCAGACCUCACAUAGACCCACACUUCACUCUGAGACCAUGGUAAGAUGGCAAGUACCCAUGUGUGUACGUGCGAUGAUGAUGCAUGCAUAAGAUACUCAUUGGUUGGAUUGCUGUUUGACUCAUUGAUUGUAAUGAGUUUUUCAAACUCAAGAGGAACAAACAGAUGUUGCUUUUACUGAUUGCACUGAUUAAGAAGGCAGAAACAAGGACAGAAGGGGAGAGAGGUGCAAAUGGAGAUUUAAAAAAAAAAAUCUGCUUACACAAUGAGACUUUCAGCAUUAAAUUUCCUGAAUUGAUCAACCUGACAGACCUAGACCUGCUGUCCCCUUUAUCCUCCAGAUAGUCAGUCCUAUAUUUAAUAUUGAAGUCCUUAAUUAAAAAAAUAGGUGCUUGCCAAUUUUGUGGUUGUUUUAGAGGGGAAACAAGAAGGGCGAGAAAGGACAAGACCUUGUUUCCUUAAUGUGUCUCUUCAGCAUUUAUUUAUUAGUGUUCAGGGUUCGAGAUUAGAUGAAAAUAAUUUUUUUUUUUUUACAUCACUAGGACCCAUUUCUCAAUACUUAAGUCACUACGCCUCACCUCAUAUCACAUAGUGAGCACAACAGACAUCUACAAUGGGUACGGAAAGUAUUCAGACCCCCUUAAAUUUUUCACUC